AUGCAAAGAGGAGAGGGGCCCCUGGGGGGCCCCCCAGGGGGGCCCCCACUUGACCCAAAGGGGCCCGCAGGGGGCCCCCAAUUUGGCCUCAAUGGGCCCCCAGGGGGGCCUACGGAGGGGCCCCCAGUUGACCCUAAGGGGGCCCCCUUGAACUUAGAUUUGGGACGGCGUUUGCAGAAGGUUGAGGUUUCUGUGAAGGGAUUGAAGAGAAUUAAGCUGGAGACAAUUGCUGCUGAUCUGCGGCCUGUACAAAGUGCGCGUACAGUAGGGGAUUUGCUGCUGGCUCUUGAGGGUUUGCAUAGUCGUUUGUCUUCAUUACAAAUAUUUGACAAGACAAUAAGCCAAGUAGAGUGCGGAAAAGAAAAAGAAGAGGUGUCUGUGAAGCUGCUGCUGCGAGAGCAGCAGCGCCGCUGCAGCGUCGGUACAGCCCUCAGCAGCACAGGCGAAGUGCUGCUGGAGGCAGCAGCAAAUCUACCUGCUGUUAAUGGAGGCAGCAGCAGCCUCAAUAUUAGGGGGGCUUGUGCGCUGUCCUCCUGGAGUCCUAGUCAACACUUUGCUGCGGAUUUGCUGCUGCCCCGGCUCCCGCUGCUGCAGCAGCUGCAGCAGCGCAUGCAGCUGCAGCAGCAGCAGCAGCACUGGGGGCUGCUGCCUUCUCCUGCUGCAGUGCUCCGGGUCUUUGGAUGCAGCAGAGACAACACAGCCUUUAAUUCAUCUCUUACCCGCCUGAAGGGAGCAGCAGCAGAGGUGCGCAGCAGCAGCAACAGACACACAUUUUCUCUCAGCUUCAUCAGCCGUUCUGCUGCUCCUUGUCUGUCUACGCAGCAGCAGCAGCAGCAGCGCGUUGCUUCUCCUUCUGUUGCUGCUAUGCCCUGGGCCUCAUUUAAACACUCUUUUAAAUACAUCUACAACAACGACCAGCUCGACCGCCCAUCUGCUGCUGCUGCUGCUGCUGCACCUGUGCUGCUGCCGCGUAAGGGGUACGCAUUAAAUGCUGCAGCAGAGGUUGCCCUUCCUGGAGGAGACACUCGUUUUAUAAAGGGAGAAGCGCAUGCAUUUGCUGCUAUCCCUCUCAGCUUCCCAACCAGCAGCAGCAGCAGCAGCAGCAGCAGCAGCAGCAGGAAGGAGAGCCCUUGGGUGCUGACGUGGCGUCUGGGCUUAGGUUUGCUGCUUCCUGCUGCACGUUCUGCUGCUGUUCCGCUGGAUGACCGAUUUUACUUCGCUGGGGCCGCAGCGCCGCUCAGAGCCUUCAAACCUUUUGCAGUGGGGCCCACAGACAAAGCGUACACCAUAGACAAGAGCCGUUCUGUGUGCAUUCCUGUGAAUGAUUAUUUGGGGGGAGACGCCUUCUUCGGCUCUGAGGUCUGCCUCGCCUACGACUUCCACUUCCCUAGCAGCAGCAGCAGCAGCAGCAGCAGCAGCAGCAGCAGCAGCAGCAGCGGCAGCAGCAGCAGCGGCGAGAAGAGAGGAUUUGGGGGUUUUCACCCUCGUGUGUUUUUAUUUGGAAGUGUAGGCAGCUUAGGAAAUGUAUUUAGCAGCUCUUUGCUGCAGCAGCAACAGCAGCAGCAGCAGCAGCAGCAGGAAGGUUUGUUGUCUCGUGUACGUUCUCUGGUGCAUGCAUACCGCUGCAGCGUGGGGUUAGGCAUUUGCUGCCCCCUAGGCAAAGGCAUUUGGCUUGAAGCUGCUGCUGCUGCUCCUAUCCGCAAGCAGCAAACCGAUGCAACGGAGCAGCUGCUGCUCGGGGUUCGGGUUGCUGCUGCACCUGAUGCUGCAGCACCAUGA